UAUUUUUAUAGACACACACCACAACAACACAAUCACAAACCAAACCGUAGACACCACACACACCAACGUUACCAGCACAAGAAGAAAAGAAAGAAAGAAAAACAGAAAAAGAAGUUUUUUUAGCGUGAAAAUGGAAAACCAAUCUUCAACAACCUCUUCAUCGAUGCAGUUUCUCAUCCUCGAACAAGUUCAAUUCUUGAAGGAAAACGAUGAAUCUCUUUUUCAAUGGGAACUUGUCGAUGUGGUUGACGCUGAAGAAGAAGAAGACAUAGUCGACGAUGUUGACGGGGAAUCUUUCGUUUCUUGGGCUGUUUCUUCUCCAAUCGGUGACCCAAUUGAAGGAAUAAACCAUGGUCUUCUUCAUCUCGAUGAUGGGUUCAGUGAGGAACAGGUUAAGGUUAACCAUGAUGUUGGUGGUGACGAUGAUGAUGAGGAUGAUGAUGAUGAUGAGGAAGAUGAUUUGGAUGAUGAGCUUGUUCCAUGGGAUAUAGGGAACAAGUUGGGGAGACAGAGAAUGAGGAAAUUGGGGAAAAGGGUUUCAUCUAAGAUGAACAAUUCCAAGAGGUCUCCUUAUCUUUUUGUGAGCCCUGGUUGUGUUCGUGGCAAACAUGGCAUGGGGCUUAAACACUGUUUCUAAUUUCUAAUUAGGACAUUAAUUUGGGUUGGUUAGGUUAACUGUUAGGGUUUGAAGAAUCUUGAAUCAAAUGUGCAUGUAUUGAUCACUUUCUUGUAUGUUGAUGAAAAUUAAAUGUUAUAUAUGUUAAUGAAAAUUGAAUUUCCCUGAA